GUUGAGGAAAGUUGUCGGUAAUUUAGGAAGUACUGGAAUAAAAAAGGAAAUUUAAAUAAUGCCAAAACAUGGCGUUGGUUCAGCUAUACACACGGUACAACAGAGUGUGGAUUCCAGAUGAAGAACACGUGUGGAAAUCAGCAGAAAUUCUGAAAGAUUUUCACGACGGGGAUGAUCGUCUUCAACUGCUUCUUGAAGAUGGCACUGAGUACACCGUGGACUCGUCACCAACAAAACUCCCUCCGCUUCGCAACCCAGAUAUCUUGGUGGGGGAGAACGAUCUCACUGCUCUUAGCUACCUCCAUGAACCUGCAGUUCUGCACAACCUCAGAGUGCGAUUCUUGGAGUUCAGAAUCAUCUACACUUACUGUGGUAUCAUCCUGGUGGCUUUGAAUCCCUACAAGCAGCUUUCUAUCUACGGAGAUGCAAUCAUUCACGCAUACUCGGGCCAGAACAUGGGUGACAUGGACCCGCAUAUAUUUGCAGUUGCAGAGGAAGCCUACAAACAGAUGGCCAGAAACCAAAGGAACCAGUCCAUCAUCAUCAGUGGAGAAUCUGGAGCAGGCAAAACAGUGUCUGCUCGAUACGCAAUGAGAUACUUUGCUGUUGUAAGCAAAUCAGGCAGUAAGACCCAAGUUGAAGACAAAGUCUUGGCAUCCAAUCCCAUAACAGAGGCCAUUGGGAAUGCAAAGACGACCAGAAACGACAACAGCAGCCGUUUUGGGAAAUUCACCGAGAUCAGUUUUGACAGCAGGUACCGGAUCAUCGGGGCAAAUAUGAGGACGUACCUUUUGGAGAAAUCCAGAGUGGUUUUCCAGGCUUACAAUGAGAGGAACUAUCACAUAUUUUACCAAAUGUGCGCCUGUGCAGACCUGCCACAGUUCAAGGCACUCCAGCUGAUGAGUGCCGAAGAGUUCCACUACACCGGCAUGGGCUGUGAUAUUUUUAUUGAAGGUGUAGAUGACAGGAAAAGCAUGGAGGAGACUCAGCGGACCUUCUCCUUGCUAGGACUGAAUGAGGACUUUCAAUCGGAUGUCUUCAAAGUGCUGGCAGCCAUUCUCCAUAUGGGAAAUGUGGAAAUAAAGAGCUGUGGUGAUGACAGAUCAUCUAUUUCUCCCAGCGACACACACCUCCUCAUCGUCUGUGACCUGUUGGGUGUGCGUGCAGACAAGUUGGUGCAAUGGCUGUGCAAUCGGAGGCUUGUGCUUGUGGCCGAGAAGGUGGUAAAACCGUUGCACAAGGACCGUGCGGUGAAUUCAAGAGAUGCCCUCGCCAAGCGGAUCUAUGCUUAUUUGUUUGACUGCAUCAUCAACAGGAUCAACCGAGCACUGCAGGUGCCUGGGAAGCAACAUGCUUUUAUAGGCGUUUUGGACAUCUAUGGCUUUGAGACGUUUGACAUCAACAGUUUUGAGCAGUUUUGCAUCAACUAUGCCAAUGAGAAGCUGCAGCAGCAGUUUAACUUGCAUGUGUUUAAACUGGAGCAAGAGGAGUACAUGAAAGAAGACAUCCCAUGGACGUUAAUAGAUUUCUAUGACAACCAGCCAGCCAUUGACUUGAUUGAAGCUAAAAUGGGAAUCCUUGACUUGCUAAAUGAAGAAUGUUUGUUCCCUCAAGGCACAGAUCAAAGCUGGCUGCAGAAACUAUACAACUACCUUGGUAGCAAGCCCUUGUUUGAGAGGCCCAAGUUGUCGAAUGAAACGUUUGUGAUACAACACUUUGCUGACAAGGUGGAGUAUCAUUGCAAAGAUUUUCUUGAGAAAAACAGAGAUGCUCUUUAUGAAGAACUGGUUGAAGUUAUGAGAGAUAGUCAGUUUCCUUUCCUGGCCAAAUUCUUCCAAGAGGAGGAGCAAAAGGCUCUAAACAUUAGAGGAAUCAAAGUGAAGGCAGCCAGGCCCGGAGUGAAACCAGCCAAUAAACAGCUCAGAACCUCAGUUGGUGAUAAGUUUUGCAGCUCUCUCUCCUUACUGAUGGCGACAUUGAAUGCUACAACCCCUCACUAUGUGCGCUGCAUCAAGCCAAAUGAUGAAAAGCUGCCAUUUGAAUAUGACUCCAGGAGGGUGGUCCAGCAGCUACGGGCCUGUGGAGUCCUAGAAACUAUUCGCAUCAGUGCUCAAAGUUACCCAUCCAGGUGGACCUACUCUGAGUUUUACAACCGUUACAAUGUCCUAAUGACCAAUCAGGAGGCGGGAUUCAAUGAUAAAAUGCAAACGUGCAAAAAUGUGCUGCAGAGGUUGAUUCAGGACUCGAACCAGUACAAAUUUGGUCGCACAAAGAUCUUCCUUCGAGCUGGUCAGGUAGCAUUUUUAGAGAAGCUUCGUCUGGACCAACUACGAACGGCCUGCAUUACCAUCCAGAAACACGUGCGAGGGUGGAGCCAGAGAAAGAAGUACCUUCGCAUGAGGAAUGCAGCCAUCACGUUACAACAAUACAUCCGUGGCAAGAAGACGAUACGUAAAGCAGUGAGUGCAGCUAACCUGAAGCAGGCUUGGGCAGCCGUCUUGAUCCAGAGAUACUGGAGAGGCUUCCGCAUAUGGAAGGUCUAUGAAACGGUACGAUUGGCAACCAUCACCAUCCAAGCUUUCACACGAGGUUGGCUGGCCCGUAAAUCCUAUGCUAAGAUGGUUGAAGAACGCAAGGCCUUGGUUCUGCAGAAGUACGCCAGAGCAUGGCUGGCUCGUCGGCGUUUUAACGCCAUGCGUCGCCUGGUGCAACAAGUUCAGCUCUCCUUCAGGGUGCAGCAGCUCCGAAAGAAGAAUGAGGAGCAGAGUAAAGAGAACCACGGGUUGGUGGAAAGACUGACAAGCUUGGCAAGCUCGCACUCUCAAACCUUGGACAGGCUUCAAGCUCUGGAGACACAGCUGAAAAAAUCAACCAACCAGAAGGCGUCUUUGGAAGCUAGAGAGAAGAAGAUUAAAGAAGAUGCUUCUCUGAAAAUGACUACGCUUCAAAGUGAAAUCGAUCGGGUGAUUAUUGAGAAGCAGAACAUGGAGAAAACAUUUGAAGCUUCCUCCAAAGAACAAAAAGAAAAAUAUGAUCAAGCAAAGCUGAAUCUGCUAGAGGAGAAAGAAAUUCAAAAAAGACUUAGCAAGAUCGCUGAGCACAACCUUGACAUUCAGAGACAGGAUCAUGAGAAAGAGCUGAGAAGCCUGAAAGAGGAGAUCAGGCGGUUAAAGGAAGAAAGAGUCGGUCUGCAGAUGAAGUUGGAUGAGGACGACCGAGUUGAAACUGACCUGCGUGAUCAGGUGACCCAGCUCACCAAGCAUGUCAAGGUUAUCCCCGAACUACGCAGGGACUUGAGCAACUUGCAAAAUCAGAAGAAUACCGUAGACCGAAAGAUGAAGCAACAGUCUGAAGAAGCAAGAGCCAGUCUAAAUGAGAUUUCAAAACUACUUGCUGGAAGUAUUGUUGAAGAAGACGUGCUUUUGAGGCUAACAGCAAAUACAUCUGAGAAGACUUAUGAAGCUGAAGACCUGCUAGCAGCCUUUGAUUGUCUAGAGAAAGCUACCAGAACACUGGAGAGCCACCGUAAGGAGCAGAAGGCAAUCUAUGAGACCCAAGUGGAGGGCUUCAAAAUGAAAGUGGACUACCUUCAAAAUGAAAACAACAGUUUGCAAAAUCUGUUCACUGAGAAAAGCAGUAUCGCUGAGACUAUUCGCCAGGAGGUGUGCAGGCUGAGCAGCGAGAACUCUGUUAUACCUGAGCUGAAAGGGCAGAUUUCAGAGCUGCAAAGACAAAGUAAAGAUUAUGAGGCUCUCAUAGAAAAGCAAAACAAAGAUCUAGCUGAAAACGCAGAGGAAAUCAAAAGCGUCCUUCAAAAGAAGAUCGAAGAAGAGAGUUCUAAGCGCAGACACUUUGAGGAGCAAGCUGAAGUGUUGGAGGAGGACAAGAAGGACCUACAAGGCAAAAUAAAAGACCUCCAAGAGGACAGUGAUCACUUAAGCAGGCAGCUGCAGAUGGAGAGAGAUGCCAAAAUCCGACUGAGAUUAGAAGUCACCCAGUUAUCUUCAGAUAAUAUAGAGUUUGAGGAACAGCUUGACCAGAAGGACAGGUUGAUAAAAAGAUUAGAGAAUCAAAUACGCCUCGAAACAGCACAUAAAGAUGAGAAAACCUCUUCGUCAGCAAGUCCUAAAGGUUAUCUUGGAAUGUUGGAGUACAAGAAAGAGGAUCAAUCCAAGCUAAUUCAAAACCUCAUAUUAGACCUUAAGCCCAACGGUGUGGCGGUCAACAUGAUCCCUGUUCUGCCAGCGUACAUCCUCUUCAUGUGUGUCCGCCAUGCUGACUACAUGAACGAUGAAGAAAAACUCAUGUCUCUUAUGAAUGCCAUUAUAAGCAAUGUCAAAAGGUUUACCAUGACUCACCAGAACGACUUGGUAUCAUUGUCCUUCUGGCUGUGCAACAUGUAUCAGCUGCUUAACUGUCUCAAGCAGUACAGUGGCGAUGAGGAGUUUAGUAAACAAAGCACUCCCCGUCAAGUAAAGAACUGCUUGCAGAACUUUGACUUGUCGGACCACCGGCAGGUUGUCAGCGACUUGGCCAUCUGCAUCUACCACCAGUUCAUUACGACUAUGGAAAAUGCUCUGGCAACUGCUAUUGUCCCUGCUAUGUUGGAGCACGAGAGUUUACAAGGGAUUUUCAACACGAAGCCUACAGGUUUUAGGAAGCAUUCCAGCAAAAACAAUGACGACACGGAGAUGUGCACCGUCUCCUUUAUAAUUGAACGGCUUUCACGCUUCCACACUAUCAUGAGCCACCACAGCAUGGAUGCAAACCUCAUUAAACAGGUUGUCAAGCAACUGCUCUUUUACAUUGGCGCGACCACCGUCAACCACCUGCUGCUCAGUAAAAACAUGUGCUCCUGCAGUAGAGGAAUGCAAAUCAGAUGUAACAUCAGCUACCUGGAGGAGUGGCUGCAGGAGAAGGAACUGCUGAGUUCCAUUGACACUCUGCAGCCCUUGACUCAGGCCGCCUGGCUGCUGCAGGUCAGCAAGACCACAGAUGACGACGCCAAGGCCAUCGUUGAGAAAUGCACUGAGCUCAACAUGGUGCAGAUUGUCAAGAUUCUGAAUUCAUACACACCCAUCGAUGGUUAUGAGAAGAGGGUGGCGUCAUCGUUUGUCCGCAAAGUUCAGUCAUUGCGACAAGAUCACGACGGGUCCGCUCAGCUGAUGAUGGAUGUACGGUAUCGUUUCCCAGUUACGUUUCCAUUCUACCUGUCUCCGCAGGCUUUGGAGCUGUUGAAGGUUCCCAACAGCCUUCACCUGGAAUUCUUAAACAUGAUCUGACCUUUUCUCGCUCUUGUUAAGUGUGAUUUAUUGUCAUAACAUGAAUAUGGAAACACUGAGUAUUUUUUUAAAUUAUUUUCAAAGUUCAAAUCCAGUGUUUCUACUGUACAAUUCACUUUUAGAUUAGUUUAAUAUGAUCAAAUUUCUUCUUUUAUUUAAUCUAGUGUUUUUAUCUGCAACUAUUUUUAAGGUUAGUCUUUCAUAUCUAGUUUGAACUUCUCCUCUGUAGAGAUGUCCAUGUUUAAAGCUCUUUAAGGUUCAGGUUGGGAAAUAAAAACAGCCUUAUA